AUGGCUACCUCUUCAGAAAAGGUUCCGUUAGCUUCACUUGAUGACUUUCCUUUGGGUGGCUGUACUGAUGAAAGACGAAUUGUGCAAAAAUACACUGAAACUACCUUUUCGCAAGAAAAUCCACCAGAUACCAGAAGACAAGAAGGUCAAGAGACCAAUGAAGACGAGCUGAUAGAACUAACUAUAUCUGGAAGACAAGUAUAUUUAAGAAAAUAUCGACUUAUAGCUUGCACACUUAAAUAUACCUUAUUCCUUUUUAACUAUAUCUUUUUGAUAAUGGGUAUACUAAUUACUGCAUGUGGAUCAUGGAUAUUGAAUGAGAGAACUAAAUUAGCUAGAGAAAUAUCAGAAUUUAUGUUAAAUCCAGCUGUAAUAAUCUCUGUAUUUGGUAUUAUUCUGGUGUUUAUUACUUUAUUUGGCUGUAUUGGUACUAUCCGUGAAAAUAUACUUCUAAUCAAAACUCUUCAUUACAGUUUAACAGUUGUAUUGUUUAUUGAGUUAAUAUUAUCAGUUAUUGUGGUGGUAUUUUAUCAAACACCUAAAUUAAGGCACUACCUACAUUCUGCACCAGAGGAAGUUUUUAAGAAUGCUAUCAAACUCUAUCAUGACGAUGAACAUCUUGAGGAAUGGUUAGAUUUAAUACAGAUGGAGUUGAAAUGUUGCGGAUUUAGUUUAGAUAAUAAUGGAUAUAAAGAUUGGAAAUUAAAUAUGUAUCAUAACUGUACAGAAAGUAAUCCAAGUAAUUUAAAGUGUAGUGCACCAAUGUCGUGCUGUAUUAUAGAAAAGGGAGAUUUUAUUAAUAGAAUGUGUGGAUUUGGUGUUCUGGAUAAACCGCGUUCUGAAGUAAUGAACAGGAUAUAUACAGAAGGUUGUAUGAAACAAGUGAAUAGUUUUAUCCAAAGUUGUAAUACUGCUAUAGCCUUAUCUUCUAUAGGAAUUAUAAUAUCACAGAUACAUCAACAUAACCAUCAUUAUUGGAAAAACUUACGUUAG